AUGGAGAUAGAGUUGGUGAAGCACCGUGCCGGAGAGUAUGGCCUGGGAGUUCUACUUGCUCUGGUAUCUGCUUUACCCGUUGUGUAUUACUGGCACGAUAUGCACUGCGAGCCCCGACCGCGGCUUUCACAAGCUUCGACAAGUGCAUCAAGCGUUGAAGACUGGCUUUGUGGUUUCGGAGACCGUCGACCUGUCGCAGAAAUCUCGUGGCGUGCCGUGGAAGUUGCUUUGUCAUCCAGUUGCGGCUUUGUUGGCAGCACGGCUAUUCCUGCGAACCGAUUUGCAAUCAUGGCAGUUCACCAUCAGUUUAUGACUGGAAGUGACGCACUUACUGUGAGUCUCCAUUGGCAUGCAAUGAAAAGGGGGAUGCGGUGGGCAGGCUGCCAGCUUAGCGACCGUUGGAUACGGCAGAAUUUGUCCUGUCUGGCCAAACAUACGAGUGAACAGGCUAAGCUUCAAGCUCUUGACUUCGAAACGCGCCACUUGCUUGAAUUGCCAGAGUGGUGGCUUUGCAAACCCGACUUGAAAAAGUGUGAUUUCUGCGAUGGCCAAUGGUUCGACCAGCUGCUGGUCGCAUACGAAAGCCUGCUGGGCUCUUCGGUACAUUUGUUCAUACCCGUCAAAGAAGCGCAUUCUCAUUUGUGGUCGGUGUUGCAAUGGACGCAAACGCCAUUCGCACAGUUCAACGUGACCAGGAAGAUGUGGAACCCACUCGCAAAAACCUGGCGUUUGCUUGAAGAAGAACAUGUGGAACACUUUAUUGCGGGAUGGCCAUUCAAUCGUUCAAGCAGGCUGCAUGUCAUGCUUGCGGACAGACCUUCAGAAUCCUUGGUCAUGUUUCGAAGAACCUUGAACUGGUCCUUGAGGGAUGCUUUGUUCGUGACAGGCAGCUCUGUCGAGAAAGCUUUUGUCCAGGUCCCCAGCGAUCCUCCCGUUCUGUAUGAGCAUCUGGCUGUGGAUCAGAAGAUUUACAAGAAAUUGCAUGCAGAGUUUGAGGCAGAACUGCACGGGUUCAGGUCGAAGGAGACAGGCUUCGAACGUGAAGUAUUAGCCCAUGAGCGAAUCAUGGAAGCAUUGCCAGGCACUUGUGGCCAGCAGGAAGCCCACAUGCCAGAUAGCUUGUUGGCACAGCUGUGCCGUGCACACGCCAGUGAAGUGGAUGUGCACCGCUACAAUCAGAAGUAUCACUGCAUCGCCGAAGCCUGA